AUGAUGGACUCUGCAGCGGCAGCAAUGGAGAUUUCCCACCAUGACGCACCGGUUUCGCUGAAGAAGAGCCGUACUGCCGCAUUAGAGGCUAUGGAGGACAUUGUCUACGGUUCCGUCGCCGGCGUCGUUGGUAAAUACAUCGAAUACCCAUUCGACACAGUCAAGGUCCGCCUCCAGUCCCAGCCCGACAACCAGCCCCUACGUUACAAGGGCCCGCUCGACUGCUUCCGCCAGUCCAUCAAGUCCGAGGGCGUCCGAGGGCUCUACCGUGGCAUCAGCGCGCCCCUCGUCGGUGCCGCUCUCGAGAACAGCAGCUUGUUUUUCUUCGAACGCAUCGGCCGCGCCGCUGUAUACUCAUCCGGCUGGACCCCCCAGGGUCAGGAGCUGUCCCUCUCCGCGCUCUGGUUCACCGGUGCCUUCUCCGGUUUCUUCACAUCCUACGUCCUCACCCCCGUCGAGCUUGUCAAGUGCAAGAUCCAAGCGCCCGCCUGCGCCGACGCCGUGGCGGCGCCGCAGUUGCGCCCGCUGCCCGUCAUCCGCGACAUCUACCGCCACUACGGCAUCCGGGGCUUCUGGCACGGCCAGAUGGGGACCCUGAUUCGCGAGUCGGGAGGCUGCGCGGCGUGGUUCGGCAGCAAGGAGACGGUAACCAAGAUGUUCCACGUCCUUAACGGGCGGGCGGUCAAGACCCAGGCCGAGAGGGACGUGCUGGCCUCGAACCCGCUGCCGCUGUGGCAGCAGGCGCUGGCUGGCGCCUCGGGCGGCGUGUCGUACAACUUCCUCUUCUUCCCCGCCGACACUAUCAAGUCACGCAUGCAGACAGCGGCUAUCGGAGACGCGGCGUCCAGGAGGACAUUUUGGCAGGAGGGCGCGUUGGUGUGGCAGCAGCAUGGGCUGAGGGGGCUGUACCGGGGGUGUGGCAUCACCUGUCUGCGUUCAGCGCCCAGCUCGGCCUUCAUUUUCAUGGUUUUCGACGGCCUCAAGCGACGUUUUCCUCUCCAAUAG